GAAAACAGUAUGUGCCAUCAGAUAGUACACUAGAAAGAAAUGAAAACCAGAGGGAGACCAAAAAGCAAGCUUGUCAUGAAAGGAGGUCCGUUUGAAAGGAUAUGGACUUGUUUUAAAAAAAUGUGAACCCGUUUCAUAAUGUCUUAACAUUAGAUCACAGACAGUACAGCGUUAAGAAACACUGGAUUCUGAAGCAUUGCUUCGGAAUGGGAAAAUCUUCCGCCACAAAGGAUGUUAUCUGUGAUCAUCGCGUUCAAUUUCGCUUCAAAUAAGACAAUAAGACUAGAAAUCUCGAACUGACAAAACGGGAAAUUCCUGUGGAUGGGAACCUCUCUGCGUCCUCUGUCUUCCACAUGACCUCACUCUCCCGUUACUCUCAGCUGCCUUGAAAACACAUAACAUUCUCCAACCUACACUGUCAGCAUGACAUCCACUCCACAGAUUCUGGCCUUUAAGUUCUCCCCACCCUCUCAGGAUGGGAAUCCAGAGCGUCUGUUCAGGUGUGAUGAGGACUUUGAACGACACUAUGAGGUGGUUCCGUCUGUCGUCUGCUCCAUGUGCUGUCUCUUUGGCAUCAUCUACUGCUUCUUCGGGUACCGCUGCUUCAAGGCCGUAAUGUUUCUCACAGGUCUAUUGUUUGGCUCCAUCGUCAUUUUCAUGCUCUGCUAUAAGGAGAGGGUCAUGGAUACUCAGCUAAGUGUGGAGGCCAGUGUGGGCAUCGGCCUGGGCAUUGGCACCCUGUGUGGCUUGGUCACUAUGCUUGUCCGCAGUGUGGGGCUUUUUAUGGUUGGACUUCUCCUGGGUUUGCUGGUGGCCCUUGCCUCUCUGGUGGUUCUGGAAGAGUUUUACCACCCAAGGACAGUGUGGCUUCCCCUGGGUGUGCUGCUAGGAUCGGGCAUGCUGUUUGCCGUACUCACAUUACAAUGGCAGCGCUGUUUCACUACCCUCUCCACUGCCGUCUUUGGAUCAGCUGUGGUUACUGUGACUGUGGAUUAUUUUGUCGAGCUCUUCGCUUUGACACUAUACAUCUACGAGAGGGUGAAGGUGGAUCCACCUCGUCCUGUGUGCUGGUUCACAUGGGUGGUCAUGGGAGUUUGGCCCGUGCUGGCACUGCUUGGUGUUCUGAUUCAGUGGAAGGUCACGGCUGAAGGAUAUUCACACACAGAAGUCUUCAUCAGUCACCAGCAGAGACGAGUGCAGUUAAUGCGAAUUCGUCAGAAGGAAGAAAGGAAAGAAUGUAAAAAGAAGAAAAAAAAGCCACAGACACUGCCACCACAGCAACAAAAGUACCACCACCCCCCUCAGUCCAACCCUCGCCCCCCCAACCCUCCACCCAAACUCCAGCACCCAGAGCCCACCCACCGCCGGAAACCCAACACCAUUCGCCGCUUCGAUGGAGAUGUACUAUCUCCAAGUUACAUCCAGAACUUUCGUGACAGGCGUGUGGACAGGAGGGGCUACUCUCAUGACAGGUUGAUUGGCGGCUCACAUGUUGUAGAUUUGGAAUAUGACUAUGGCUCCCAAGUGCCCCUAACAGCCCAUACAGGCCCUGCAUUGAGAGGUUGAUCCAAUUCCUCUACUGAACAGGAGAUGCACUGCAGCAACCAAUCUGAGAAACAAGAACGUUCCGGCCGGAUCAAAUCAAAUAACUCAAUGGACCAUCACAGCCAAAUCAUUUUGCCAUGAUCCCAUGCAUUUUUGCUAAGUUAGUGUGAUGCUGGAAAGGUUGCAUCAAAUGGAUCGUUUACCUUUAAUGAGUGUAAUUAUUUGCACACCACUGCCUAGUAGUGCUCUGUUCUUCUGCAUUUAACCAUUUUAUAUUGCUAAAGGUAGACGUGGAACAGAAUGUGUGUCUGCACCUCUGAGGCUCUACUUCUAUCCAUAAUUAGACUGUGUCUCCCUCUGUCCAGGAAGAACGGCCUCAUUACCACAGCAGCCAUUUUUAAGAAGGUACAUUAUGUUCUGAACAUUGGACCAAAUGCGGCCUUGACUUUCAAGCGACUAACCUGCCAUAAAGCAUGCAUGGGUUCUGCAGGAUAGACUAUUCAUACUAUAUCUAGUUUAAAGAUUCAAACUUCUGUCUGCUCUGUUCAUUUAUAACCUGUUGGACAUGGUUUAGAUAAUGUGAUGUUUACAGCACAGGCAGGGAAGUGUGUAACAUUUUAUAACGGUUUCAAAUGGCUUUAUCUGCUCUGUGUCAGGACCUACGCAAUUUCUGUCGAACCAUGUAAGGUGAAAACAUUCUCUAAAUAGCCUGAGCCCAUUGCUGAAACCACAAAUAAUGAAAUGUCCUGUGUGUUUAUCUUUGUCAGCCAAUGCAUGUGGGGGAAAAGUGCCACCAAUACUUAUUUGUGAAGUAGCGAUGCAUUGCUUUCAUUUUUUUAAUCUCUUGUUAGAUUUUCCCAUUUAUAGCCAUUUAAGGCAUAGUUUAAAGUAUCUAGAGACUGUUUGCGUGGCUUCCAGUUAAAUCUCAGGGGCUGUGACAGCAGGGGGAGGCCUAACAAUGUAACUGUGAACACUAUGGGAUUUUCUAUGGAUGAUUAAAAAAGUGUCCUUAUCUACUAUGAGAGAGUUUUGAAAGUGAUUGAGGGACUAAAGUAAGAUGCCUAGGAAGGAUGGAAGAGAUAUAGAAUGGUGGGGUAUUGUGUGUUCCUGUGUGUCUAUAUGUUUAUUUGGGUUUGUUUGCAGAGAGAGAGAGAGAGGAUAUUUUUUGUGUGGUGUGUGUAUGUGUAAGUGUGUAGAAAGCAUUUGUGUAUACUGUGAGUCUGUGGAAGAUUGGCAGCAGGGUUAAGUCUUAAUUUCUGAUUUAUCUUUAUAUUUGGAUGCAGAGUGAUUUCACACCCAGUUUCUCCUCUAUGUUUAUCUGGUCUGUAAGAGCAAUGAAAUCACAGUUUAAUCUCUUGCUCACUCUGGAGUAGUAAAAGUGCUCAAAGGCUUAAAUUCCUUUCUGUUUACCGUGUCUUUUAAAGGGACAGCUUGGAUCUCUUGUACAUUUUUGUACAUAAUAUAUAUGCUAACAAUUCUGUAUUAAUGCUAGUGCUUUGAUUAAUUUGUAUUAUUGUUGUUUUUCUUUCUCUUUCUAAUCAGUGGUUACAUCUGUGUGCUGAAGAACUGUCAUUUUGACCAAUGUGUCAUAUUGAUAGUCAUUCGUAAUUAUAAUUUAUUUCUAAUUUAUUAGAUAAGGACUUCAAGUGGAACUCUGUGUGUAAUUAAAUGGAUGUUGACCAUUAUUAUUAUUAUUAUUAUUGAGCAUGAAUUUGUACAGAAUUGAUGACAAUAAAUGUCAUAUUUGUCUAUGUGUCUAUUUCUCUCUUAACACGCUGCUGUUUAAAGCAGAAGUCGGUAGAUGUCAGAGUCACGGAAGAGUCGCGGGGUGAAACUAUUAAAAUGUGUGAACUAGUCACUGGCGGGCAUGCACCAGCAAUGAAGACGAAACAUGCUCAAAUAAUGUAUAAUUUUUUCAUUAAAUGUGCUCACUGGAAAAUGAAAAAAUUCAUUAAAAUGAAUUACUGUUGUCAUUUUACUUUUUCAUUGUAAAUUGAUGGAAAAAGCUAUGAAUAUACAGUAGUUUCAGCGAUAUGAUUUCAUUGAAAUUAUCAAAGAU